UUAUUUUUUCAUUGAAUUAGACCCGGUAGUCUCCUCCGGUCGAAGCUGCAUUUGUUUCUUCAAAACCUUUCUAAAUUAAAAAAACACGCAAUGGCUCCUUUUAAAAUUGUAAUGGUUCGUCAUGGUGAAUCGGAAUGGAACGAAAAAAAUUUGUUUUGCGGAUGGUACGACGCAAAUUUAAGUGAAAAAGGUAAACAAGAAGCUGUAAAUGCUGGUAAAGCUUUAAAGAAUUCUGGAUAUCAAUUUGAUAUUGCCUACACUUCAGUUUUGACACGAGCUCAAAACACCCUUCAAGCGAUUUUAAAAGAAAUUGGGCAAACUGACUUGCCAGUUAUUAAAACAUGGAGAUUAAAUGAAAGGCAUUAUGGAGGUUUAACUGGUUUAAAUAAAGCGGAAACAGCUGCUAAAUAUGGGGACGAACAAGUGGCGAUUUGGCGGCGGAGUUUUGAUAUUCCACCCCCUCCAAUGGAGCCUGACCAUCCAUACUAUGAGACCAUUGUAAAAGAUGCUCGAUAUGCCGAAGGGCCAUCACCAGAUCAAUUUCCAAAAUUUGAAUCUCUGAAGCUCACCAUUGAAAGGACUCUCCCUUUCUGGAAUGAAACAAUCACUCCCCAAAUCAAAGCUGGCAAAAAAAUAUUGAUUGCCGCUCACGGGAACAGUUUACGUGGCAUCGUUAAACAUUUAGAUGAAAUGUCAGAUGACGCUAUUAUGAAACUAAAUUUGCCCACUGGAAUUCCUUUUGUAUAUACGCUGGAUGAUAAUUUGAAGCCUAUUAAGAGUUUGGAGUUCUUGGGUGAUCCGGAAACAGUGAAAAAAGCUAUGGAAGCAGUUGCAAAUCAAGGCAAAGCAAAAUAAAUUAUUUUGAGGUGUUGUAAAUUAAAUAAGUUUUAUUCAUCAUCCUGAAGUAUGUAUGAAUGUUAAAUGAUUUAAAACAUUCACAUCCUCUAAUGAGGAUCUGUCAUGUAGAUGUAAACAAAAAUAAAAAAUUCACAUUG